AUGAUGCAAGCCAAGAAGAUCACGUAUGACGUUAUCAGACUGACCGAGACGAGACGACGUCACCCUCUCAACACCGUAUAUGAAAGUGGAGAAGAACUGUUCUUAGGAACAUGCGACAGUAGAGGUGUUGGUGGAGUUGGCGUCCUCGUCAACACGAGUAUGGCAAAGAACAUCGACUCUUUCGAACAACUUACUACCCGAAUCGGACGUCUGCUGAUAAGAAAAUGUGGUCCAACACCAGCUUUGACUAUCUUCGUCGCUUACGCUCCAACAUCAAGCUACGAAGAAGAAGAAGUCGAAACUUUCUAUAUGGAUCUGGAGAAGUUCUACCGAGAAGAUCAUGCCUUCUACAAGAAGCCCUCCUCUCUACACUGGACGUGGGAGUCACCCGGUGGAGGGUACCGUAAUGAAAUAGACCACAUCAUCGUCAAUAAAAGGUUCUGCCUGACGGACGUCGCUGUUGUACCAAAGUUCUAUACGGGAUCGGACCAUCACCUUCUACGAAGAUUUUCCUUCACAAGGAGAGCAAAGAAAGUCGCAAAGUACAGAGAGAGAAAUUCCAGAACUGUCAUUAACUGGGAUCUCUUCGCUACGCUAGCCGGCUUUUGGGAAGAUUCCGCAAUAGACAACAUCGACGAGGAAUAUGACCGGCUCAUUGAACACCUUCACGACUGCGCGAAGACUGAGAGUUUUAAAACCACCAAGAGACGCCUGUCUCUUGAAACUCUUGAGCUGAUACGCCAGCGUAGAGCAGCACGAACCGCAGGGAACCAAGAACUCACGUCCGAGCUCGCAAAGUUUUGCAGAGAGGCGAUAAAGGAAGACCUUAAAGAGAGAGGAGCAGAAGUGCUGACUGAAGCUGCAGAGGCGGGAAAAAGCAUCCGCUAUGCCCGUCGAGACUUCGCCAGUCAUAAGACGAGGAUGAUCGCUCUCCGGAACCCGAAAGGAACAACCGUUGCAUCGAGAAGGGGAAUGGAAAAAAAUCAUCUACGACUUCUACUCUGA